GAAGUCAUUGGCAUGCAGGGCAGCAGCGGAGAUGUUCCUGCUUUUAUUUCUCCUGCAGGAAGUGUCGAGUUGCCGCUCUCAAGUUGACCUGACCUACUUCUGUCCUAUGCAGUCCCGCCCUGAGAGGACACCGGACCAUCCUACGCCCCCGCCCUGCAGCACCCGGACUCCCCCGAAAGGUGCAGGCCCCGCCCCCGCAGCAUGACCGUGGCCACGGGCGACCCCUCCGACGAAGCGGCGGCACACCCGCUGGACUACGACCCGGAGACCGACCACGAGUGCUGCGAGAGGGUGGUCAUCAACAUCUCGGGGCUGCGCUUCGAGACCCAGCUGAAGACCCUCUCGCAGUUCCCCGACACCCUGCUGGGGGACCCCAAAAAGAGGAUGCGGUAUUUCGACCCGCUGAGGAACGAGUACUUUUUCGACAGGAACAGACCCAGCUUCGACGCCAUUUUGUAUUACUACCAGUCCGGGGGCCGGCUGAGGCGGCCGGUCAACGUCACGCUGGACAUCUUCUCGGAGGAGAUCCGCUUCUACGAGCUGGGCGACGAGGCCAUCGAGAUGUUUCGGGAAGACGAGGGCUUCAUCAAGGAGGAGGAGCGCCCUCUUCCCGACAACGAGUUCCAGAGACAGGUUUGGCUGCUUUUCGAGUACCCGGAGAGCUCCGGUCCGGCUAGGAUUAUCGCCAUCAUCUCCGUCAUGGUCAUCCUCAUAUCCAUCGUCAGCUUCUGCCUGGAGACCCUCCCCGUCUUCCGCAACGAUGAAGACGGGAUGCACAAGUCUCACGCCGAGAUCUUUUCCCCGGAGACCAACACCACCGUCAUCAGAUACACCUCCACCUACUUCACCGACCCUUUCUUCAUCCUGGAGACGCUCUGCAUCAUCUGGUUCUCCUUUGAGUUCCUGGUGCGCUUCUUCGCCUGCCCCAGCAAAGCAGGCUUCUUUGGAAACCUCAUGAACAUCAUCGACGUGGUGGCCAUCAUCCCGUACUUCAUCACGCUGGGCACGGAGCUGGCCGACAGUCCGGACGACGGCCAAGCGGGUCAGCAGGCCAUGUCUUUGGCCAUCCUCAGGGUCAUCCGCCUGGUGCGGGUGUUCCGCAUUUUCAAACUCUCCCGUCACUCCAAGGGGCUUCAGAUCCUGGGCCAGACCCUCAAAGCUAGCAUGAGAGAGCUGGGCCUGCUCAUCUUCUUCCUCUUCAUCGGCGUCAUCCUCUUCUCCAGCGCCGUGUUCUUCGCCGAGGCCGACGAGCCGCAGUCUCAGUUCGAGAGCAUCCCGGAAGCCUUCUGGUGGGCCGUGGUGUCCAUGACCACGGUGGGCUACGGGGACAUGGUUCCCACCACCAUCGGCGGCAAGAUCGUGGGCUCCUUGUGCGCCAUCGCCGGCGUGCUGACCAUCGCCCUGCCCGUGCCCGUCAUCGUGUCCAACUUCAACUACUUCUACCACCGCGAGACGGAGGGCGAGGAGCAGGCGCAGUACCUCAACGCACCCAAAGCCGACUCGUCCGAGGAGCUGAAGAAGAGCCGCAGCGGCUCCACCGUCAGCAAGUCGGACUACAUGGAGAUCCAGGAGGCCGUCAAUAACAGCAACGAGGACCUCGGCGAGGAGAACCUGAAGACGGCCAACUGCACGCUGGCCAACACAAACUACGUCAACAUCACCAAGAUGCUGACGGACGUGUAGUCCUGGGCAAGAACCAGGCACAGGAACUCUGAAGGAUCUUUGCAUGGAGUUCAUUUUUUCUAAGAAGAAUAUUCAUGCCAAUAAUAAUACUACUAAUAAUAAUAAUAGCGCACAAGAAAAGAAGAAAGAAGUCCGCACUUUAGUCGCUUCAGCCCUCACUUCCCAGGGUGCACUGCUCUGCACAACAACACACCCUCAGGUGCAAGUCCAUCGGCACCAGCAAAGGAACUCAGUGAGGAGGAACAUCUAUGCAUCGCUAUGUGAGAGACUAUUAAACUUCACAACAACAACAAUGGAACAUAUUUACUGUGCACGAAUGACAACAACAACAAUGACAACAAUAACAACAAUGGAGUAUAUUUACUGUGCACAAAGGACAACAACAACAAUGACAACAAUAACAACAAUGGAGUAUAUUUACUGUGCAUAAAGGACAACAACAACAAUGACAACAAUAACAACAAUGGAGUAUAUUUACUGUGCACAAAGGACAACAACAACAAUGACAACAAUAACAACAAUGGAGUAUAUUUACUGUGCACAAAGGACAACAAUAACAACAAUAACAAAAAUGGAGUACAGUUACUGUGCACAAAGGACAACAACAACAAUGACAACAAUAACAACAAUGGAGUAUAUUUACUGUGCACAAAGGACAACAACAACAAUGACAACAAUAACAACAAUGGAGUAUAUUUACUGUGCACAAAGGACAACAACAAUGACACAAUAGCAACAAUGGAGUAUAUUUACUGUGCACAAAGGACAACAAUGACAACAAUAACAACAAUGGAGUAUAUUUACUGUGUACAAAAGACAACAACAACAAUGACAACAAUAAUGACAAUGGAGUAUAUUUACUGUGCACAAAGGACAACAACAACAAUGACAACAAUAACAACAAUGGAGUAUAUUUACUGUGCACAAAGGACAACAACAACAAUGACAAUAAUAACAACAAUGGAGUAUAUUUACUGUGCACAAAGGACAACAACAACCAUGACACAAUAGCAACAAUGGAGUAUAUUUACUGUGCACAAAGGACAACAACAAUAAUGACAACAAUAACAACAAUGGAGCAUAUUUACUGUGCACAAAGGACAACAACAACAAUGACAACAAUAACAACAAUGGAGUAUAUUUACUGUGCACAAAGGACAACAAGAACAAUGACUACAAUAACAACAAUGGAGCAUAUUUACUGUGCACAAAGGACAACAACAACAAUGACAACAAUAACAACAAUGGAGCAUAUUUACAGUGCACAAAGGACAACAAUGACAACAAUAACAACAAUGGAGCAUAUUUACUGUGGACUAAGGACAACAACAACAAUGACAACAAUAACAACAAUGGAGUAUAUUUACUGUGCACAAAGGACAACCAGAACAAUGACUACAAUAACAACAAUGGAGCAUAUUUACUGUGCACAAAGGACAACAACAACAAUGACAACAACAAUGACAACAAUAACAACAAUGGAGCAUAUUUACUGUGCACAAAGGACAACAACAACAAUGACAAUAAUAACAACAAUGGAGCACAUUUACUGUGCACUAAGGACAACAACAACAAUGACAACAAUAACAACAAUGGAGUAUAAAAGGACAACAACAACAAUGGAACACAACGGUGGUGUGACAUCUGAAACAAAGCUGGAAGAAGAAAGAGUUAGCAAUAUUGAAUGUAAAGUUGUGUUAGAUUGACGUGCAUGCCGACACUGCAGGGGACAAUAUGCAAUAUGUAUGCAUGCAGAAAGAAUGUGUGAUCAUGUGACCUUCACUGAAACUCAAUGUCACCUCACUGAGACGCCUCCAUCAGUCAUGAUGGCCUUGUUCUUUCUGUGAAAUGAAGAUGUGUACAUACAGUAUGCUGUAGGAGGGGAGCAGAUGUAGUAUUUGACUCUCCAUGUAGUCUUACCUGCACUUUACAAGGACAAUCUAUGGACCUGCAAGGACUUGGCAUGUUUGCUUCCGUUAAAAGGAACCGCUGUGUGUCUUUUAGUGAGGAGCACCACAUGAGCACCACCAUGUUGUAUGAGAUAACAUGUUGUAUGAGAUAGCAAUGUUUUAUGAGAUAACAUGUUGUAUGAGAUAGCAAUGUUAUAUGAGAUAACAUGUUGUAUGAGAUAACAAUGUUAUAUGUUAUAUGAGAUAACAUGUUGUAUGAGAUAACAAUGUUGUUUGUUAUAUGAGAUAACAUGUUGUAUGAGAUAACAAUGUUAUAUGUUAUAUGAGAUAACAUGUUGUAUGAGAUAACAAUGCUAUAUGAGAUGACAUGUUGUAUGAGAUAACAAUGUUAUAUGAGAUAACAUGUUGUAUGAGAUAACAAUGUUAUAUGAGAUAACAUGUUGUAUGAGAUAACAUGUUGUAUGAGAUAACAAUGUUAUAUGUUAUAUGAGAUAACAUGUUGUAUGAGAUAACAAUCACGCCAAUAAUCA